AUACGCAUAAACUUACAUUGAACCCUGCACACACACCCAGCACAAAGAAAAAUAGAAGAAAGAAACAGAGAGUAAAAAGAUGGCUUCCAUGGCGUACCCAGCAAGCUCCUCCUCCUCCUACAACCACUACAAGAAUUACAGCAAACUGAAACAGCGUACCAGUUUCUCCAUUCCCCAUCGUAUCAUAGUUUCUCAUAAGCAGCAGCAGCAGCAGCAAAACGAUCAUAAACCCACCGACCCAAUUGGUCGAAGGGAAAUAAUACUGAGGAGCAGCGAAUUGGCAGUGGUAGGAGCCAUCUUCAACUUGAGUGGUAAAAAGCCCGAGUAUCUUGGGGUGCAGAAAAAUCAGCAAGCUUUGGCUCUCUGCCCAGCUACUAAGAAUUGCAUAUCAACCUCUGAAAAUGUCAGUGACCUUACCCAUUAUGCCCCUCCCUGGAACUACAAUGGAAGUAGGAAAAAGCCGGUCAGCAGAGAAGUUGCGAUAGAAGAACUUCUCCAAGUGAUUAAAUCGACAAAGCCAGACAAGUUCACACCACAGAUCAUGGAGAAGAGAGACGACUAUGUUCGUGUGGAGUACCAAAGCGCUAUUUUAGGGCUUGUGGAUGAUGUAGAGUUUUGGUUUCCACCAGGCACCGACUCAAUAGUCGAGUAUCGAUCGGCAUCCCGGUUGGGGAUAUCCGAUUUCAACAUCAACAGAAAAAGAAUCAAGGCAUUGCGGCAGGAGUUGGAGAAGAAAGGUUGGGCGUCGAAAGACAGCUUUUGAGAUCCUGUUACCGUUUCACAAUAAGAUCAUAUGCAAUUCGAUCAACGAUCAUGCAGAUAGAUCAACAUUGAAUCUCAGAAUUUCAGAUUUUGGCAACCAGUCAUGUCAUGAUUUUUGUAUUCAUACCAAAGAUAUCAGAUAUGUUCUUUUACUCAAGACACCCAAAAAAGAGAAAUUCUAGU